AUGGUGGGAGGAUUCUUCAAUGGUGGCUGCUACGCCAAGCCAUACUGCAACCUGCGAUACAAUACCGGCACCAUGAAUGUUUCUAUCGUGGGCAAGUACUGCGCCAGCAACCCGUAUGUGUGCGCUGAAUGCUGCGUGGAUGGCGACUGCCCCAACGUCGCCAGCGGCCAGAAGUGUGAGGAAGGCUACUGCUCUUCCAAUGGCUGCACCGUGUUCCAGUGCUGGCAGGGCACCAGCAAGCAAGUCUGCAAGAUUGACGGCACGGGCUGCGCGACAGGCUGCGGAAUCAAUGAGUGCAGCGAUCCGCAGUGCUGCAACAGCGUCGAGCCCGACUGCUCCAACCUUAGCAACAUCCGUGUGCAAGGCCGCGAGUGCGCCCAGUCGUGCACCACGACAGACCCGCUCUACGAGCCCGCAAACUUUGGCGUCUACUCCAGGAAGCGCUAUGCAUGA